AUGGAGCCUGGAAUUUUUUGCAACAAACAUUCAUUUUUCACACUGAACCGCCGAACAGUGUCGAGUGAAUUAAAACAAACUACCUUGUCUAAGCUUCUUCGAUAUUUUUGCGUGCCGUUUGCUGCCCUACAGGAAACAUGCAUCAAAGAUCGGCCCGUCAUCAAUAUCGGAGACUACACCACUUACUGCAGCGAUGCUGAUGAAAAGAAUAUAGGAGGUCGCGAGUUAACUGUGAGGAACGACUGCAAAAGUUUGGUGGAGAAAUUUGGUUCAACGUUAGCUCAGUGUGCCGCUAUGCGACUGCGGGAUCGCAGAGGACGUAAAUUCAGGAUCGUAAGUGUCCAUUCACCUACUGAAAGAGAACGAUUAGAAGGACACCUUCUAUGA